GGCAACUCUGUCACCUCGCUAUGGAAUCAGCUGUUGGGCUGCUUUCGAUUUUGUAACAGUUUGGGUUCUAUUUCUUAAUUUUUAUCUGUGAAAAUGCAAAGUCUAACGCGGCUGCUUAACACCGCCCUCACCCUGCAGCCCAUACAGCUAGCUGGCCGGGGAGUCGUGGGCCUGCAGCAGCUGCGCGGCAAAACGAAAGUGGUGGAGAAGCCGAAACCAGGUGCCGGCCAGCAAUUCCGGCGGACAGUUCACUUUCCAGAAGAAUACACGGUGGAGCCACUGAAGAUCACUCAUCUUGCGGGACGGGAUCCCGUCUCCGGUCGCUUGGUGGCCAAGGGCAUUGGUGGCGGUGUCAAGCAGCAGUACCGCUGGGUUAAGUGGGUGCGUGACGGUCCCGCUGAGGGAUCGCCCCAGGAGGAGCUUGUCCUCGAGGUUCUGCGCGACGGCUGUCGAACCUCCAAGGUGGCUCUGGUGGCCGUGGGAGACGAGCUCAAGUAUAUCCUUGCCACUGAGAACAUGAAAGCCGGUGACAUCCUAAAGACCUCACGCGUAAUCCCACGGAUUCCUGUGCGUCCUAAUGAAGGCGAUGCUUACCCUCUUGGAGCCCUGCCCGUUGGCACCCGCAUCCACUGCUUGGAGAAGAAUCCCGGCCAGCAGUGCCAUUUGAUCCACGCCGCCGGCACCUUUGGUACCAUUCUGCGCAAGUUUGAUGAGAAGGUAGUGGUGCAGUUGCCUUCCAAGCGGGAGUUUGCCUUUCACCGGACCUGCAUGGCCACCGUGGGACGUCUAUCGAACACGGAGCACAACAAGGAGCACGUGGGCAGCGCGCAGCGAAUGAGGGAGCUGGGAAAUCGGCCACGCUCUGGCCUGUGGAAGCGCAAGGAGGGUAAGCACGGCCGGAAGAUACGACGCCUGCCGCCUAUGACUACGAUAUCGCCACCUGCACCACCCAAGGAGGAGGCCAUCAAGCUAACUCUGCCCCUGUGAUCAGGAGGCUCUAUUUUAAUUUCUAUGUGUCACACAUUAUACGGCUAGAACUAGA